AUGAAGACCUUCUUCUUAUUCUCGGCUCUUAUGGCCGCCGUCGCCUGUGACGAGAACCCAUGGGAGACGUGCCCUCCCUCUUCGAAGCUCAAGUGCUACAUCCAUGGGACAGGAGAGGGCGACAACCUCGGCCCGCCAAUGUCAGACGUCACGAUCCUCAGGGACUACUGGGUGAAGCAAAGCAUCGACAUAGCCAAAUCAGAGGGCGGCGUGGACGCCGACCCCAGCACGCAAGACCCAGAUACGUGGGGUCCCCGUGGCGGACUCGCACUCAAGGCCAGUGUCUACGACGAUGGAUGUAUCGCAUACAAUUCAGACCCCAACCACAACAAAGACGCCGUGGUCAAGGUGUGUCAGCCGCACGCGACGGGCAAUCUCCUCAGCCCGCAUUUAGUCAAGGAUGUUUGCGUCUCGAUUUAUAUCGAUGAGAUUAUUGAUGGGUGCUUGGGCGAGGCCGAUGAUGAUAGCAGGCUUAAUGGACAGGUCUGGAUUGAGCACUGGGGCGCUACUCUGAGGGUUACCAAUAAAUGA